AUGGAGCAUUGGUUAAUUCCCACAAUCUUGCCUCAGUCCUGGGCAACAGGGCUCGUGAUAGGGGUCUUUCUGUGGCAACUAUUCAAUGUGUGCGACAAUCUAUUCCUUCAUCCACUACGCAAGGUUCCAGGGCCAGUCCUCCAUCGCGUGUCGAGGUUGCCAGUAGCACUUCUCAACGCCCGUGGCAAAUAUGCCUUCCGCGCCCAUGAACUACACGAACAGUAUGGUCCAAUCGUGCGCGUAUCUCCGAACCACCUCAUUUUCACCGUUGCCCAAGCCUGGAAGGAAAUUUACGGUUCACAUUAUCAGACCAGCAGUCCUGCCCCAGAGCUGCCCAAGUCCGACGUCUAUGCAGAUACCGUGGAUGUUCUACCCAAGAGCAUCUCCAAUGCGCCCCGAGAGAUGCACCAGAAGUUGCGGCGGGCCAUGUCACACGCCUUCUCUGCUGCCUCAUUGCGGGAGCAUGAGGGCAUCGUCAAUGGAUACGUCAGCCGGUGCAUGUCUGGCCUCCACCAAGCAUGCGCGAACGGGGAUGGUGUGGUGGACAUGAUCUCAUGGUUUACGUGGACGACGUUUGAUAUUGCGGGUGACCUCUCUCUGGGACAGUCCUUCGACUGCCUGACAAAGGGCGAGGUACAUCCGUGGAUCGAGUUCGUCCUGGGCGUCUUCUACAUGAACGCCUUCAUGAUAUCCCUCAAGUAUAUUGGACUGAAUCUGCUUGUGAGCCUUAUAUUCAGAGUGGGCGGAAUGAUUUCACUAGGCUCUUUGAGAAAAUCCACGAAUGACAUGGUGAGGGCACGACUCAACCUUGGUUAUGACCGUAACGACCUAUUUGAAGGGCUGGCCAAGAACGGCAAAGAGCUGGAUCUUUCGUUGGGCGAAUUCGCGGCCAAUGCGACUUUGCUCAUUUUGGGCAGUUCCGACACCACCACUAGCGCCCUGUCAGCCGUUGUCUAUCUCUUGGCGAAACACCCCGAGGCUUUGAUCAAGUUGAAGGCAGAAGUAGGAUCAGCUUUUCGGGACGUUCAAGAUAUCACGUUCGGUUCUACCAGUCAGCUACCAUACCUGACAGCUGUGAUCAGUGAGAGCCUCCGGCUGUAUCCUCCUAUCACCUCCAACUUGGUGCGACAGGUGCCGGCUGGUGGAGCCUGGAUUGCAUCGCACUUUGUGCCGGAAGGGACACUAGUUGAGAUUGUGCCUUGGGCUAUCAACCACAGCAAGGACAACUGGGCAGAGCCGUGGAGAUUCAAGCCUGAGAGGUUCCUAAACGGAGACGAGAAGACGGCAGGACACAACAACUUGGACGCCCAUCAACCGUUUAGUUAUGGGCCGCGUAACUGCAUUGCCUGGGCAGACAUUCGCCUUAUCAUCACCCGCCUUGUGUAUGAAUUUGAUUUUAGGCUUGAGGACGAAACACGUCGUGAUUGGAUUGGAGACAAGACGUAUGGGUUUGUAGAGAGGCUGCCUUUACUGAUUCGACUACGUUCUACUGUAGACAGUGAAGUUAUUAUCCCUUGA